UGUGACACUCCGAAAAUUUUAUAAAAAAAAAUAUAAAUAGUUCUAUUGAUCAAAUAAAAUGUUUCAAAGUGACAUGCACAUAAUUAAGUGAAUUAGAUAAAAUUUUAAGAAAAGUGAAUUCUUAGGAUAAUGUAACAAAGUAAUGAUUUUCUUUUCAUAAAUAAUGUGGAAUAGGAGGAAGAUUAUUAGGAUUGAUAGUUUAAAAGAUGUUGAUUAAUACAAUUAAUUAAUACUAUUUGUACAAUCAUAUAUGACUAUAAAUAAUGCACAUGUUGACUUUUCAACCUAAUUUACCCUAUACGCACGUACAUAUGUAACGUAUAUACUCAUAAACUUGUACAAGGAAACUCAUUAAACAUCGAUAUUGCCUACCAUAUUUACUCGCACAUGCGUAUACUCGUAUAUAUAGCGUCCAGAUACAUUCCAUCCGGAGAUUUUCGUUCAAGGCCGGAAACCCGGAAACUAACUUAAACGUGCGAAGCUUGGGGAUAAAAAUCAGCCUGCGCGUAAAAAUUGGAUCGCAUAAACUCAAACACUUAACCAACCGGAUGAUAUACACAGCCUAGGGUAUCCCCUUAUCGGUAUAAAUAUGUUCUCAUUGGCCUGCAGUUUCUCCAUUCAACACUUCGGCCGACACAUAUAGAUCUACAAGGGUUUUCCUAUCUUUCUUUAUAACAACACAAAAAGAACUAUAAACGCUUCCAAACCCUUCUGCCGGAUGAGAGAAAGCGAACGAAGCAAGAAGCCCUGAAAACGAUCGUGAAACGAGGGAUAAAUCGUUUGCCGGAGUCUUGCCGGACUGAUCUUCACGUCGGAAACCCGAGGAAGCAAAGCUGACGUAUCACAUCCUUCCAGUCCAUUGCCGAUCUUCACCAUCUUCAAACACGCCGCCUUGCCACUCGUCCGUUGCUGCAGUAAAGGUGAUUUUUGGUGAAAGAUGGAGGUAGAAGAAUUUUGCUAGGAGUACUUGAAGUUUGAGGUAAGUUUCAUUGCAACCAAAAUUAUACCUUUUACCUCGUAAUUAUUUUGAAUGUUUUAAUGUACAAUUUGAGUAAUGUAUUUAUGUGUAUUAAAUUUGAGUAAAUGUUAUUCUAUAUGAAGUUGUUUGUACUUGAUAUAUUGGUUUGUUAUUAUUGGAUUUUGAUACAAGUUAUUGUAUAUGAUUUUUGGGAGAUUUUCUAUUGGUGAAUAUUUUGGUGCUGUUGUGAGUAAAUUGGAUUUUGAGAAAAUAUAUGGGAAUUUUAGCGUAUUUUGAAAGAUACGAACUUUUGAUUAAAUUUUGAAAAAAAACAAAGAAAAGUUAAUAUUUUAAUGGUGACACUAAUGUCUAUAAGACAUAAAUAUUGAUUUUUGAAAAAAAACAAGAUAAAAGACUGUUUUCAUAAUUGGGGCACCACGGGAGAAAUCCGUAGGUGUCGGGCCACCUUCACGUCCGUUAAUGGUGAGGGAGGGUUAGGACUACUACUACUUGAAUUGAGAGGUGUGAAACAAACUAAAUGAAUUUUGGAGGGUUCGGUAACCAUCCCGAACAACUGGGCAUUAGAUCCCUUUUUAUUAGAGCAGUAGUAGUAGUACCUAUUCUCUUAAGGGUCUUUGAACCUAGAACUUAGGGAGCAUAUCCCAUUUGGAGUAGGGAGACGUUGACGUCAGAACUACUUAGACUUCAUACUACUCGGAGGGCUUGGAAUCCCUUUAGGGGGUGUGCACACUUAAGGUAGAAGUCUAGAUUCUAAUAGAGGAGAUGUGGUACCGAGAGCAGAUCGGAGUGACCGUACAAAACAACGGAUCACUGGGCUCAAGAAUCGAGAUAACGCUUGAGCACCGCCCUUCUAAAUGAACUAGGAGAAUUAGCUAUAAAGCUAUUUUGAGGUAAAUCAAAUGUUUUGGUAUUUUAUAAAUUGUGAAUUACUUAAGUACAAAUACUGGUGAUAUUCGUUUGGAAAACAUAUUUGUGGAUAUUGAUUAUGUGUUUUGUAAGGAUUGUGAUAAAGUGAUUAAGUGAGUUUUGAGAUGGAUAUUUGGAGUUGUGUAUAUGAUAUAUGCUUUGGAAUAUUUAUGAGAGUUUUUAUUACAUUUUCUAAUGUUGGAAUUAUUAUGAUUUGGAAUAUUAUUAUUUUACAUAUGAAUUAUGUUAUGAGGAUUUAUUAUAAAUAUUGUUUUACUUAUGAUUGGUAUGAAUGUUUUGAAAAGAUUUUCCUCCCAAAUCUUUUGCAAAAAUUUUAUAUAUGUAUCAAACGUGAUUAUUUUACGGGGUUGGGUGGGACUUACUUAGCAUUUCCGGCUAAUUUUUGUUUCUUGUUUUUCUUUCUUUUUCUGCACCUUAUUUGUGCAGGAGAUAAAGGUUGAGUAUCUAUUUGAUGACGAUGUUGAUUCGAGAGAGAUUCCGCUAGAACACCUAAUUAGUAAAUCAUUGUAAUUCAAUUUUUCAAUAUCUUUAGUUAGUGAAUAUCUGUUUUUGGAGUUAAGUUGUUUUAGCCUGUGCACUCGGUUAGGGGAGAGCCGAGUGUGGCGGUAACGCCCCUAUUUCCCUUUUGGUUUUCGCUGCAUAACUCUGAUGUUUUUCAAAUAAAGUUGAUAUUUCUUUUAAAUAAAGUAUUAUUUUCGGGUGGCAAAUUUGGGGGUGUUACAAGUUGGUAUCAGAGCAAUGGUUUUCCUGGGACAUUUUUCAAAUCGGUUUUCCAAAAAAAAAAAAAAAAAAACCAAACAAAACCUUUUAAACGUUUCCGAAAAGUUUUCUCAGAUAUAAAAAAAAAAUUGUUACUAGGUUUUAAAUGCUUUUCCAAGAAAAGGAACAUAGGAAUAAUAACCGGUUUGAGGAAAAAAAAUGAUUAGGAUCGUGGUGAGGAUUGUGUGAUUUUUACUUGUGUGAUUUUUAUUUGAUGUAUGGUGCAUUGUGAAUUUUAGUAUUGUGAAAUUGUAUAUGUGCUAUGGGCCCAUAUGAGAAAAUUGGAACCCCGAAGAGGUGGAGAUUGAUUUUAUGUGCAAAAACUUUGAUAGAUAUAUUUCCUAAAAUUCUUGAUGGGUGAGGUAUGUAACUUUUAUGAUUGUUUGAAAUAUAGGAUACGUUGAUGGGUGGGGUAUAUAUGAUCCUUUUGAAUUCUAUAAGUUGAACAAGGUUCUAGAGUUUGUGGCAUUCUGGUAGGUGUAGAUUAUAAUACACCGUAUUAAUGAAACAUUAGAAAUCGUUCGUUCUUAGCUUAUGCUUCGGGACGAAUCAUCUUUUAAGGAGGGUAGAAUGUGACACUCCGAAAAUUUUAUAAAAAAAAAUAUAAAUAGUUCUAUUGAUCAAAUAAAAUGUUUCAAAGUGACAUGCACAUAAUUAAGUGAAUUAGAUAAAAUUUUAAGAAAAGUGAAUUCUUAGGAUAAUGUAACAAAGUAAUGAUUUUCUUUUCAUAAAUAAUGUGGAAUAGGAGGAAGAUUAUUAGGAUUGAUAGUUUAAAAGAUGUUGAUUAAUACAAUUAAUUAAUACUAUUUGUACAAUCAUAUAUGACUAUAAAUAAUGCACAUGUUGACUUUUCAACCUAAUUUACCCUAUACGCACGUACAUAUGUAACGUAUAUACUCAUAAACUUGUACAAGGAAACUCAUUAAACAUCGAUAUUGCCUACCAUAUUUACUCGCACAUGCGUAUACUCGUAUAUAUAGCGUCCAGAUACAUUCCAUCCGGAGAUUUUCGUUCAAGGCCGGAAACCCGGAAACUAACUUAAACGUGCGAAGCUUGGGGAUAAAAAUCAGCCUGCGCGUAAAAAUUGGAUCGCAUAAACUCAAACACUUAACCAACCGGAUGAUAUACACAGCCUAGGGUAUCCCCUUAUCGGUAUAAAUAUGUUCUCAUUGGCCUGCAGUUUCUCCAUUCAACACUUCGGCCGACACAUAUAGAUCUACAAGGGUUUUCCUAUCUUUCUUUAUAACAACACAAAAAGAACUAUAAACGCUUCCAAACCCUUCUGCCGGAUGAGAGAAAGCGAACGAAGCAAGAAGCCCUGAAAACGAUCGUGAAACGAGGGAUAAAUCGUUUGCCGGAGUCUUGCCGGACUGAUCUUCACGUCGGAAACCCGAGGAAGCAAAGCUGACGUAUCACAUCCUUCCAGUCCAUUGCCGAUCUUCACCAUCUUCAAACACGCCGCCUUGCCACUCGUCCGUUGCUGCAGUAAAGGUGAUUUUUGGUGAAAGAUGGAGGUAGAAGAAUUUUGCUAGGAGUACUUGAAGUUUGAGGUAAGUUUCAUUGCAACCAAAAUUAUACCUUUUACCUCGUAAUUAUUUUGAAUGUUUUAAUGUACAAUUUGAGUAAUGUAUUUAUGUGUAUUAAAUUUGAGUAAAUGUUAUUCUAUAUGAAGUUGUUUGUACUUGAUAUAUUGGUUUGUUAUUAUUGGAUUUUGAUACAAGUUAUUGUAUAUGAUUUUUGGGAGAUUUUCUAUUGGUGAAUAUUUUGGUGCUGUUGUGAGUAAAUUGGAUUUUGAGAAAAUAUAUGGGAAUUUUAGCGUAUUUUGAAAGAUACGAACUUUUGAUUAAAUUUUGAAAAAAAACAAAGAAAAGUUAAUAUUUUAAUGGUGACACUAAUGUCUAUAAGACAUAAAUAUUGAUUUUUGAAAAAAAACAAGAUAAAAGACUGUUUUCAUAAUUGGGGCACCACGGGAGAAAUCCGUAGGUGUCGGGCCACCUUCACGUCCGUUAAUGGUGAGGGAGGGUUAGGACUACUACUACUUGAAUUGAGAGGUGUGAAACAAACUAAAUGAAUUUUGGAGGGUUCGGUAACCAUCCCGAACAACUGGGCAUUAGAUCCCUUUUUAUUAGAGCAGUAGUAGUAGUACCUAUUCUCUUAAGGGUCUUUGAACCUAGAACUUAGGGAGCAUAUCCCAUUUGGAGUAGGGAGACGUUGACGUCAGAACUACUUAGACUUCAUACUACUCGGAGGGCUUGGAAUCCCUUUAGGGGGUGUGCACACUUAAGGUAGAAGUCUAGAUUCUAAUAGAGGAGAUGUGGUACCGAGAGCAGAUCGGAGUGACCGUACAAAACAACGGAUCACUGGGCUCAAGAAUCGAGAUAACGCUUGAGCACCGCCCUUCUAAAUGAACUAGGAGAAUUAGCUAUAAAGCUAUUUUGAGGUAAAUCAAAUGUUUUGGUAUUUUAUAAAUUGUGAAUUACUUAAGUACAAAUACUGGUGAUAUUCGUUUGGAAAACAUAUUUGUGGAUAUUGAUUAUGUGUUUUGUAAGGAUUGUGAUAAAGUGAUUAAGUGAGUUUUGAGAUGGAUAUUUGGAGUUGUGUAUAUGAUAUAUGCUUUGGAAUAUUUAUGAGAGUUUUUAUUACAUUUUCUAAUGUUGGAAUUAUUAUGAUUUGGAAUAUUAUUAUUUUACAUAUGAAUUAUGUUAUGAGGAUUUAUUAUAAAUAUUGUUUUACUUAUGAUUGGUAUGAAUGUUUUGAAAAGAUUUUCCUCCCAAAUCUUUUGCAAAAAUUUUAUAUAUGUAUCAAACGUGAUUAUUUUACGGGGUUGGGUGGGACUUACUUAGCAUUUCCGGCUAAUUUUUGUUUCUUGUUUUUCUUUCUUUUUCUGCACCUUAUUUGUGCAGGAGAUAAAGGUUGAGUAUCUAUUUGAUGACGAUGUUGAUUCGAGAGAGAUUCCGCUAGAACACCUAAUUAGUAAAUCAUUGUAAUUCAAUUUUUCAAUAUCUUUAGUUAGUGAAUAUCUGUUUUUGGAGUUAAGUUGUUUUAGCCUGUGCACUCGGUUAGGGGAGAGCCGAGUGUGGCGGUAACGCCCCUAUUUCCCUUUUGGUUUUCGCUGCAUAACUCUGAUGUUUUUCAAAUAAAGUUGAUAUUUCUUUUAAAUAAAGUAUUAUUUUCGGGUGGCAAAUUUGGGGGUGUUACAACAUCAAACACCGACGUCGGUCACGGAGCUGGACUUUGUGAACAUACAAAUCAGGUUCAACCACAACGCCAGACAAGCACUAGGAUUACAGAAAGCGUGGAUAUAUUUGACGAUCUGGACGACAUUGAAGCCAUCGACUUCAGAAUUUGAGAAUAGAUUUAGGUUCUAUGUAAUGCAAUAUUUAGAUAAUCUAGGGGUUUUGGGUAUUAAUAAUGUAAUUAAGGGUAUUCAGUAUUUCGUAGACACGUUUCAGCGUUACAUUGUUGAUGUAGAACAAGCGCAAAAUAUUCAGUUUCGAAUAUAUUAA